CAGAGACUGUUGUGUAUGUUGUUAACAUUGUUAUUUAACUACAUUUCCCACAAUGCACUUGUAACGUGUGUUUCCGGAUAUACAUGUUCCGGUGUUAUGAUUCUAACGCAUGCGAGUAAAAGAGCAGUCACGUUAAGUCCGUGUGUGUGUCAUCAUUUACUGAAUGUCUCGUUAUAAUCUCCCAAAAGACACAAUAAAGUGGCGACGAGGAUCUCGAUAUCCCGUGUGUGUUUAAAGAUGCGGAAAUGAAACGGCUUGACGGCGAGAUCGCUGAAAGACGCGAAUAACAGUCUGCUGCAAGUUCACGUGUUGGCUGAUAAGCGGGGAGGAAAGACAACGAUUCAGAUAAGUGACUGAAUUGAUUGUUAAACGAAAGAGAACGGCUAAAAUGGCAUCAGUUUAUGGAAAUUUGGGUCCCUUUGAGGAAAGCAGUGAGCAGUGGUGUUCUUACACAGAAAGAUUUGAAUACUUUGUAGCAGCAAAUGCUAUUACUGAAGCGAAAGUUGUACCCACGUUUUUAAGUGUAAUGGGUCCAAAGACAUAUACACUGCUGCGUAACCUACUGCAGCCAGAGAAACCUGGAGAGAAAACGUAUGAUCAAAUAGUGAGCACUCUAAAAGCACAUUUUUCACCAAAACCCUUAGUAAUUGCAGAGCGAUUUCGAUUCCACAGACGAAAUCAGCUAGAAGGGGAAUCUGUGGCAGUGUUUGUGGCAGUGCUAAAAAAAUUAGCUGAACACUGUGAAUUUGGUGACGUGCUCAACGAUACACUUCGGGACAGAUUGGUAUGCGGACUACGCUGCGAGGGCAUACAGAAACGAUUGCUAACAGAGAGCAACCUGACACUACAGAGAGCAAUUGAGCUGAGUGUGUCUAUGGAAUUGGCUGCUAAGGAAGCCCAGCAAUUAAGCUCAAAUAGUAAAGUGUAUAGGAUGGAGACAGAAAAACAAACUGAAAGUAAAGGUCCAUGUUUCCGUUGUGGUAAGACUGGACACUCACCUGCUUCAUGCUGGUUUAAGGAUAUGGAGUGCCGCAGCUGUAAGAAAAAGGGACACAUUGAGCGUGCGUGUAGAAAUAAAAUGGAAAAGAAAAAAAUGCCUCAGAAACCAGUUUUCAGAAGGAAACAAAAGAAGCGCAUAUUUACAGUCGGACAGGAAAAUAAAGAGAGUACUGACACAUCUGAUGAGGAAUUUCCUUUGCAUGUGCUCACUGUCGCAGGUGGAACGAAGGCUUAUAAAGUCACCGCGCUGCUGGACGGACAGCCAGUGAAAAUGGAAAUCGACACUGGUGCUGCUGUAUCGCUGGUGUCGGAGGCGGUAUACAGCGAAAUACUCAGCCACCUGCCACUCAAACCACCUGAUGUUGUUCUUAAAACUUAUACUGGGGAAUCAGUAACUAUGAAAGGACUCACCCAGGUAACAGUUGAACUGAAUGGACAAACGAAAAAACUGCCAUUGUAUGUGGUUGCAGGUGAUUACCCCUCACUGAUGGGACGUUCCUGGUUGGAGCAACUCAAGGUGGACUGGUCGACCAUACAUAUGAUGACGCCUAAAACUCUGGAUCUUGAAGGUGUCCUUGCAAAACACAGUGAAGUUUUCAAACAGGAGUUAGGCAGCAUGGAAGGAAUCACAGUGAAAUUGAAUGUAGAGCAGGGAAGUCAACCAAAGUUCCUAAAGCCCCGACCCCUACCAUAUGCACUCAAACCUAAAGUAGAGGCGAGCUUGGCUGAACUUGUGAAAAAUGAUGUACUGGAACCAGUCAAUGUGAGUAAGUGGGCAACACCUAUCGUUCCAGUUAUAAAGAAGGAUGGAGGCAUAAGGAUCUGUGGGGAUUUUAAAGUUACUGUAAAUCCCGUGUUGUCAGCAGAGCAAUACCCCUUGCCUCACAUUAAUGACCUUUUUGCUGGGUUGACAGGAGGACAAAGAUUCAGCAAAAUCGACCUCAACCAAGCAUACCUACAGAUGCAUGUUGAGGAGCAGUCCAGAGAACUUCUCACCAUUAAUACGCACAAGGGACUAUUUAGGUACAAACGUUUACCUUUUGGAAUAACUUCAGCUCCAUCUAUUUUUCAGCGAGCUAUGGAUCAGAUUCUUGCGGGACUUCCAGGAGUUGUGUGUUAUCUAGAUGACAUUCUAGUGACAGGCACAGAUGAACAGUCGCACUUACAACACUUGGAUGCUACCCUUGAGAGACUGAAAGAAUACGGGCUAAGAGUGCGCAAGGAUAAAUGUGAAUUUUUCCAGCUUGCAGUCGAGUACUUAGGCCAUGUCAUUGAUGCCUCUGGUCUGCAUACGUCCCCAUCCAAAGUCAAGGCUAUUGUGGAUGCUCCAAUACCCAAAAAUGUCAGCCAGUUACGGUCUUUUCUCGGCUUACUGAACUAUUAUGGGCGUUUCAUCCCAAAUAUCGCUACGCUGUUGAAACCUCUGCACAAAUUGUUAUGUCAUGAAAAUAACUGGAAGUGGACCUCUGAAUGCCAGGAGUCAUUCAUAAAAGCAAAGGAGACACUUUUAGGGUCAAAUGCACUCACUCAUUUUGACCCUGCGCUUCCUAUCCAACUGGCCUGCGAUGCUUCGCCGUAUGGUGUGGGAGCUGUCUUGUCCCACAUCAUGCCCAAUGGUCAAGAGAGGCCAAUCGCGUUUGCUUCCAGGAGUCUGAGCAAAGCAGAAGCAAAUUAUGCUCAGAUUGAGCGAGAAGCAUUGAGCAUUGUGUUUGGAGUGCGUAAGUUUUAUCAGUAUAUUUUCGGAAGAAAGUUUACGCUGCUGACGGAUCAUCGCCCACUCACUGCAAUAUUUGGUCCACACCAUGGCAUUCCCACCCUUGCCGCCAGUAGGAUGCAAAGAUGGGCUUUGUUGUUGUCUGCUCACACCUAUGACAUCAAAUACCGGAAAUCGGAGUUGCACGGAAAUGCAGACGGUCUGUCCAGGUUGCCUCUCGCUGAAAGGGUAAAGGAGGCAAAGGUGGCUGAAAUUUUCUAUUUCAACCAGGUGGACCGGGCUCCUAUAACGGCCGCGCAAGUACGCAGAGGCACAAGAAAUGAUCCUGUCCUGUCAAGAGUCGUGGAUAUGGUCAUGACAGGCAAAGGGGAGAGACAUGACUUGGAGCUAAAACCUUACAUCUCUCGACGUCAUGAACUUUCAGUGCAGUCAGGCUGCUUAUUGUGGGGGAGGAGAGUGGUAAUUCCCCCGGCUUUACGCAAGCAAGUGCUAAAACAGCUGCAUGUUGGACACUGUGGAAUGGUCCGCAUGAAGGAGAUCGCCAGAAGCUACUUCUGGUGGCCAGGAGUUGAUGGCCAAAUUGAGGAAAAAGCUAGGAUGUGUACCUCAUGCCAGCACAUACGUAACGCACCACAACUUGCACCGCUGCACCCGUGGGAAUUCCCUGAAAAACCAUGGCAUCGCAUUCAUAUUGAUUUUGCUGGCCCAGUAGAGGACAAAAUGCUGUUAGUGGUCAUGGAUGCACACAGUAAGUGGCCUGAGGUGGCCAUUAUGAAAUCUACAUCAGCUGAAAAGACAAUUGAGAAACUGGGAGAAAUUUUCAGCAGGUUUGGAUCACCAGUGCAACUUGUCUCAGAUAAUGGGCCCCAAUUUACAUCUCACGAGAUGGCCACAUUUCUACAAGCAAAUGGUGUGCAACACAUAACGUCAUCACCCUACCAUCCUGCCACUAAUGGAUUAGCCGAAAGGUUUGUCCAAACCAUGAAACAUGCUUUGAAAGCUUCGCUCGGGCAAGGAACAUUUCAUCAACGUCUGCACAGCUUUUUGCUUUCCUAUCGUAGUACUCCGCAUGCGACCACCAAAGUGUCGCCAGCGUAUUUGUUGUUCAGCAGAGCGGUCAGGACAAGUUUUGAGCUGAUUAAACCAGCUACACUCAAAGAGACUGUCCAACGACAACAAGAGCAUCAAGUACAGCGACGGAAUCUACGAGCCAAGGACAGAAAUUUUGCAACAGGCUCAGCAGUGCUUGCUCGGAACUAUGGUAGUGGUCCGAAAUGGGUUCCGGCUACUGUGGAGGCCCAGACGGGUCCAGUGUCAUAUAAGGUCAAGACUGAUGAAAAUCUUUCCUGGAGGAGACAUACUGAUCAGUUGCUUGGUGGAGCCAGCACUGUUACAGAUCUCCCUGAGAUCACUGAUGUCACUGAUCAAAUAUAUGACAAUUCUCCAACUUCAGAAGUCUCCACAAAUGAGCCUAAGCUGACCACAAAUGGUUCUUUUGCUAACAAAUCAUCACCUUCAUCGCCAGAAAAUGGAAACCAAAUAGGCCGUCGGUAUCCAGUAAGGGAGCGGCGUCCACCUCAACGUUUAUUGGAUUACACAUAGUUAGGGGCUACCCUUAUUGCUUCGGGGCAGAAUAAUCCCCUAAGGGUAAGCCAGGGUCUGAGGUAGUCUACCCUCAUUCCCAGGAUUUAGUUGUGUUAUUUUACAACAGGAAUAACAUAAAAGACUCAAUGUUCACGUUCUGAACAAUCUGUGUUUAUAGAUGUUGAUAAAGAAACAAAAUUUUAUAAUUUAUAAUUUAAGUGGUACAGUUUAAUUUGUAAUCUUUGUGUUAUACCUCAAAGAGUAAGAGGGGAGGAAAUGUUGUGUAUGUUGUUAACAUUGUUAUUUAACUACAUUUCCCACAAUGCACUUGUAACGUGUGUUUCCGGAUAUACAUGUUCCGGUGUUAUGAUUCUAACGCAUGCGAGUAAAAGAGCAGUCACGUUAAGUCCGUGUGUGUGUCAUCAUUUACUGAAUGUCUCGUUAUAAUCUCCCAAAAGACACAAUAGAGACUGAUGU